UACAGCCAAACAAACCUUAGCCUUCUAUUUCCGUUCCUCGUUGCUCCAUAUAGCCGUCUUCAAAGUCUCUACUUUCAACACCAGCCUCUACUCUCUCUUUCUCUCUCCCCGGGCAUCGGCUAUGGAGAUGGCCAUAGCCUUCCGCAGCUCUCUCACUCCCUCCUCCUCCUCCUCUUCUUCCAGUUCUUUCUCAAACCCUAACCCUAAGAGGAGUCUCACUUUCUCUCCGCCUCCACUUCUCAGGAGCCAAUUCUUCGGGCGUGCCUUGUCUUCAGCUUCGAUCGACAAAACGCCGUUCCAUUCUCGUUCCAGAAAUGCAAUUCGCACUUCUGUCAAAUGCUCCGUCUCUGGAGCUACAGAAGCCGCCGCUGGUAAUCCAAAGAAAAGGAGCCAAUUAAUGAGGAGAAGGGAUGUAAGGAAUAUAGCAAUUGUUGCUCAUGUGGAUCAUGGAAAAACCACAUUGGUGGAUGCAAUGUUGAAACAAGCAAAGGUAUUUCGUGAUAAUCAAGUUGUACAAGAGAGGAUAAUGGACUCCAAUGAUCUAGAGCGUGAAAGAGGAAUAACAAUACUUAGCAAAAACACAUCAAUCACGUAUAAAGAUACCAAAAUAAAUAUAAUUGAUACUCCAGGGCACUCUGACUUUGGUGGGGAGGUGGAACGCAUCCUCAAUAUGGUGGAGGGAGUUCUUCUAGUGGUAGAUUCUGUUGAAGGUCCAAUGCCACAAACAAGAUUUGUCUUGAAGAAGGCUCUAGAAUUUGGUCAUGCUGUUGUUGUUGUUGUUAACAAGAUUGAUAGGCCUUCUGCUCGUCCAGAUUAUGUCAUUAAUUCCACUUUUGAACUCUUUAUUGAACUAAAUGCGUCAGAUGAACAGUGUGAUUUCCAAGUAAUCUAUGCAAGUGGUAUUAAGGGAAAGGCUGGACUUUCUCCUGAUAAUUUGGCAGAGGAUCUUGGUCCACUCUUUGAGUCCAUAAUUAGAUGCAUACCGGGCCCGCAUAUUGACAAAGAUGGUGCACUCCAAUUGCUUGCCACAAAUAUUGAGUAUGAUGAACAUAAAGGGCGGAUAGCCAUUGGACGUUUGCAUGCUGGUGUUCUACGAAGAGGAAUGGAUGUGCGGGUAUGCACGACAGAGGAAGCUUGCAGAUAUGCAAGAAUCAGCGAACUUUUUGUGUAUGAGAAAUUCAGUAGGGUUGCUACUGACGCUGUGGAAGCUGGCGAUAUCUGUGCUGUUUGUGGCAUUGAUGAUAUCCAGAUUGGGGAAACAAUUGCUGAUAAAAUUUCAGGGAAGCCAUUACCAGCCAUUAAGGUGGAAGAACCUACAGUAAAAAUGGCUUUUUCUAUCAACACCUCACCUUUUGUUGGGCGUGAGGGGAAGCAUGUUACCAGUAGAAACUUAAGAGAUCGCCUCUAUCGUGAGCUUGAGCGAAAUUUGGCCAUGAGAGUUGAAGAUGGUGAAACUGCAGAUACUUUCAUUGUUAGUGGAAGGGGCACAUUGCAUAUUACCAUAUUGAUCGAGAAUAUGCGGCGUGAAGGUUAUGAAUUCAUGGUGGGACCACCAAAAGUGAUCAAUAAAAUAGUGGAUGACAAGUUGCUGGAACCUCUUGAGAUAGCCACUGUGGAGGUACCUGAAGAGCACGUGGGACCUGUGGUUGAACUUCUUGGUAGAAGGCGUGGGCAGAUGUUCGAUAUGCAAGGGCUUGGGUCAGAAGGAACGACUCUACUUAAAUAUAAGAUACCAACGCGUGGGCUCCUUGGUUUGCGAAAUGCUAUUUUAACUGCUUCUCGGGGCACAGCAAUUCUCAACACAAUAUUUGAUAGCUAUGGGCCUUGGGCUGGCGAUAUUAGUACUCGUGAUCAAGGUUCACUGGUUGCAUUUGAAGAUGGAACAACAACAUCUUAUGCCCUAUCUAGUUCACAAGAAAGAGGGCAGUUGUUUAUUGGCCCUGGAAUUGACGUAUAUAAAGGUCAAAUAGUUGGCAUUCAUCAGCGGCCUGGUGACUUAUCCUUAAACGUGUGCAAGAAAAAGGCUGCAACAAAUGUCCGUUCCAACAAAGAGCAAACAGUGGUUCUCGAUACCCCAUUGGAUUACAGUCUGGACGACUGCAUAGAAUACAUUCAAGAAGAUGAACUCGUGGAGGUUACACCCAUGAGCAUCCGCAUGUGCAAAAAUCCAAAGGCUGCAAAGAAGGGAAGGUAGAAUUCAGUUGUAGACUAUGCAAGGUUGGAUGCUCAUACCUGAAGAUUAAUCUCUCCCUCUUCCCUAUAUGGGAGGGUCACAGAAAGCAUUUUUUUUUUUCCUUUGAAACUUGCACCUUGCAGGAAAAACAGAUUUUUUAUUUUAUUAGGUACAGAAAUGGUGCAGCAAGUUUUGCUCCCUGAUCUAGUGAAUUUAUAUCUAGUACAUAUCCUGAAGGGUUACAUACCACCAUAUAAAGAUUGGCAGUAGGUCUAGGUGGAAAGCAAUAGAAACUAGACAAACUCCAUCUGUAUACUUGGAUCUUACCGGAUGGGAUACGUGUAGUAUAUUUUUGACAGAGGCUCUGUUUUUUGAUUAUCUUGUAAAAUCUAUGACGAGUUGGCUGAACAUGAAUGUAUUGACUGUAUCGUGAAGAUUGAACGUCGAUCGAUCCCUAACUAAUUUUGAUGUUGAAGUUAUUCUAGGACUGCCAGCUGAUAAGAUUUGCAGGCCUAUUCUUCUAA